AGCCUUAUCGAUAUCCUAAAGAGCACAUAUAACGACAGGGACGCAGUUUUUCUUUUUCACACGAACCCACAUCAUCCAGAAUGAGUAACGCUCCCAUCCAUUCCACCGGCAGAGGCGGUGCUGGUAACAUCGGCCCAGACAGCAAUGUCUACACCGAUGGAGGCAUCGUCCGCGAGGGUGUGCAGGGCCUCGCUGCUGAGGGAGAAUACUCCACCGGACGUGGUGGCCGCGGCAAUAUCGUGAAUUCACCUCGUCUCGCUCCAGCCGACGAGGCUCCACGCCGCACCUCGUUCGACUACGUGCCCGAGACGGCCUUGCGCGGGCACCAGGAAAAUUACCACACUGGGCGCGGCGGCUCUGGCAACGUCCACAUCGAGAAGUACGGCGGACAUAGUCACCCGCCUGAUCAGGGUAACUCCAUCAAGGACAAGAUCAAGCAUGCGCUUCACCUGGAUAAGGAUGGGAAGAAGGCGGAGCGUCCUUCUUCGAAGGAAGGGACCCCGAAGGAGUAGGAACUUGCGAUAUGAUACCCCGUUAUGAUACCGGUCAGGAAAGAUGAUGGAUGCUUUCUGUUCCCCACUGGAGACACCAAUCUAAUAUGCUGCUUGUUCUUAGAGAGAUGCCUCGAAUAUUAUUUACUCCUUAUAAGGACCUGGCGUCUUCUGUCUAUUUCUUAACACUAUAUACAUAAUCAAGGUGCAAGCUCGUGAUCCUUGGCAUGGUGUUGAGCUC